AUGGAUCCAAGACUUCAACAAGCUGCUGAAUCUGGAAGCAUUGAUGAGCUGUAUGCUCUUAUUGAUGAGAAUCCAUUCAUACUUGAGAACAUCGAUGCUGUGCCAUUUUUCAACACUCCCCUCCACGUUGCUGCAGCUUCCGGGAACCUACAAUUUGCCAUGGAGAUGCAGAAUCUUAAGCCCUCUUUUGCUAAAAAGCUCAACACAAGCGGGCACAGUCCAUUGCAUCUCGCUGUGGACAAGAAUCAACAUGACUUUAUCUUCUGGAUGCUCUGGCUUGAUGACGGCCUUGCUCGCGUUAAAGAGAGAAAUGGUAUAACACCGUUCCUUUUCCUAGUGUUAAGAGGAAACACAGAUCUAGUGGCAGAGUGCCUCCUUGCAUCCCCUGAAUGUAUCCAAGAUAGAAGCGUGAAUGGCCAAAAUGCUCUGCAUCUUGCUGUGAUGAACGAUAGAUUUGAAGUUCUCCAAGUCCUCACCGGAUGGAUCCAGAAAAUGAGCCAAAGAAACGCUCACGCUAUCGAGCAUGGUUUUCUGAACAAAAUAGAUCUUACCAAAAACACGGCUUUGCACCUUGCAGCCUAUAAGAAUGAUCAUCAGGCGGUUAGACUGUUACUAGAAUGUAGGUUGGUGGAGCGGAACGAAGUAAAUGGUGAUGGUUUAACAUUUCUUGAUAUCUUGAGAAACCAGGGACAGAGAGCCGUAGGUGGGGAUUUGGAUUUGGAUUUGGAGCAGGUUGUUCUAAAGACCGGGUGUAAAGAGGCGGCUUCGUUGCCAAAACCUUCAGUACCAAAAUCCAAGGCAAGGUCUGAGUUCUUGAAAUCACCGAUCACUUUCUGGGCGUACUACUCCACGAAGAUGAGACGCCUAAGGUCUAGCAGUUCAGGCGAAGCGCGUGGAGCUGUCCUGAUUGUAUGCACUUUGAUAAUAACAACCACUUAUCAGACUGCUCUCCAGCCUCCAGGUGGUGUACACCAAUCCAAUGAUGGCAAUGCUGGUUCCGUGGUGAUGAAGCAAGCGUUCUUCAUCUUUCUCUGGGUUACCAACACCGUAGGUGGUGAAACAAACUAUUCUUUGAACUCGAUCUAG